ACGUGUACAAGUACACAGAGUUGUAUUUCUCCUACAGCUGCCAAGCUGAGUAUUUUGCAGUCAGAGCUGUAAACCUUAAAGGCUUGCUCUUUGUUUAUCUUUAUGCUUUGGGGUCUUUUUUCCCCACUUUCUUUCUGGAUUUUUUAAUAUUAUUUUUUUUUUUUAAUAUAUGUGAAACUCUUUCAAAUGCUGGAUUUUCCAGUCCUUGUUCAGGAAGCAUUCAUGAAUUGACAUGGGUCAGCAUACUUUUCGUUACCAGGCGAAAAGUUAUGUUUAACACAGUUUGUGCUUCAAAAAUGGAUUAAAAUACAUGCUAAAUCUCCAGCAGUGAUUCUUUAGAGGACAGAGCAAUGCUGUAUUCACUUCUGCAUGAUUAAUUCUUGAUGACGAAAGAAAUAAUGAAAUCACUCCAAAGUAAAGUGGCCAACAAAGAUGAGAAGAAGGGGAAAAACCACAACACUGCACUUCAACCAGGAGAUCUGGCGUCAGAGAAGGUUUCUGAAAUCAGUGGAGGCUGCCUGAGAACUGAGCCUGAUUAUCAAGUGAUCUGACAUUCAUGAAAGAGGAACAAAAAUCUUCCUCACACACAUGAAUCCUUUCGUGACCCCUUGAUCUGAUAUUUCCUCCUGAGGAGAAGCAGACAUCAUGAAGCAGAAAUUGACAUUAUCAGUUCAAAUUACUUUGCUGCUCACUGUGGCUGCAGUGGGUCUGACUGGUCAAUCACACCCUGGAAAACCUAAGAUAAUAAGGUGUCGUUCUCUAGAAAAGGAAACCUUUUCUUGUUGGUGGAAGCCUGGCUCAGAUGGAGGACUUCCUACCAGUUACACCCUGUUCUACAGCAAGGACAGUGAAGAAGACAUCUAUGAAUGUCCAGACUACCAAACAUCAGGUCCCAAUUCCUGCUACUUUGAUAAAAACCACACAACUCCCUGGACAACAUAUAAUAUCACUGUAAUGGCAAUGAAUGAGAUUGGAAGUAACCGUUCAGAUCCUCAGUAUGUGGAUCUAACCUCCAUAGUUCAGCCAGAUGCUCCUGUGAACUUCUCUCUAGAAAAACAAACAUCUGCUAGCAUGAAGUACCUUUGGGCAAAAUGGUCUCCACCUCCAUUGUCUGAUGUCAGCUCUAAUUCACAUGUGUAUCACUAUGAGCUACGACUAAAACCUGAGGAAAAGGAAGAGUGGGAGACAAUAUCUGUUGGAGUGCAGACGCAGUACAAACUGAUUGGACUGCAAGCUGGGGUGAAGUACGUUGUUCAGGUGCGUUGCAGGUUGGACCUUGGAGAAUGGAGUGAGUGGAGCUCUGAAAAACACAUUCAGAUCCCCAAUGGAGAGUCACUUCCUGAAAAGCCUACAAUAAUAAAAUGCCGUUCUCCAGAAAAAGAAACAUUUACUUGUUGGUGGAAACCUGGUGCAGAUGGAGGACAUCCUACUAACCACACUUUGCUUUACACCAAAGAAGGAGAAGAACAGGUUUAUGAAUGUCCAGAUUACAGAACUGCAGGCCCCAAUUCAUGCUACUUCAAUAAAAAGUAUACAUCUUUCUGGACCAUAUACAAUAUUACUGUGAAGGCAACUAAUGAAAUGGGAAGUAAAGUCUCUGAUCCUCAUUAUGUGGAUGUGACUUACAUAGUACAGCCUGAUCCUCCUGUGAACGUAACUCUGGAAUUAAAAAAGUCAAUAAAUAGAAAACCAUAUCUGGUCUUGACAUGGUCUCCACCCCCGCUGGCUGAUGUCAGAUCUGGAUGGCUUACCCUUGAAUAUGAGUUGCGACUAAAGCCUGAAGAAGGAGAGGAAUGGGAAACUAUUUUUGUUGGACAGCAAACACAAUAUAGAAUGUUUAGUUUAAAUCCCGGAAAGAAGUACAUUGUACAGAUUCAUUGCAAACCAGACCACCAUGGAUCAUGGAGUGAAUGGAGCUCAGAAAAGUAUAUUCAGAUCCCUACCGACUUUAGAGUAAAAGAUAUGGUUGUGUGGAUCAUCGUUGGUGUCUUGUCGUCUCUUAUAUGUUUAAUCAUGAGCUGGACAAUGGUUUUGAAAGGGUACAGAAUGAUAGCCUUUAUCCUACCACCAGUUCCAGGACCAAAGAUAAAAGGUAUAGAUACACAUCUGUUAGAGACAGGAAAAUCUGAAGAAUUACUGAGUGCCCUUGGUUGCCAUGGUUUCCCUCCAACAUCAGACUGUGAGGAACUGCUGAUAGAAUAUCUGGAGGUAGAGGACAGUGAGGAUCAGCAACUCAUGCCAAGCCAUGGCAAUGGUCAUCCCAGUAAAAAUGCAAAAAUGAUACUCAAGGAAACAGACAGUGACUCAGGCCGAGGGAGCUGUGACAGCCCUUCUCUUCUUUCUGAGAAGUGCAGGGAGUCCCAUGCCCUUCCAUCAACACUUCAAAGACAAGACCUAAGAGACAUCCAAGAAAAUAAAAGAGGAAAAAGGAGCUGGGAAACUCAAUGUAUAGCCUCAGAACAGAAAAUACUCCUUUUUAACAAUGAGAGUACAAAAUCAUCCACAUGGCCUGCAGCUCAGUUACCUAAUAAUCAGCCUCCUGUGUUUGCCUACCACAGUACUGUAGAUGCACCUAAGAUAACACUGGGUACCACAAAUGUGAACAUUGCACCAGUUUUGGUGGGAAAUGAAGAAAAGCAUCAGUCACAAUAUCCUAUCACUGAAACUGUCUACGAUGACAUGGAAAAGCAAAGAGAGAUGGAAAAUUUGCAUUCCAAAACUGACCAAACCACAGUGCAGGUCAAACAAAGCAGACCUAAUGACAAGUCACCUUUUUUGAAUCCUAAACUAAUGGAUUAUGUAGAAGUUCACAAAGUCAGACAAGAUGAGGAGCCAGCAGUAGUACUGAAACAUAAAGAAAAUAGUGGAAAGACUGAAAAAUACACUGUUCCAGGAACCAGCAAAGAAUACACCAAGGUCUCAACAGUUGUGGACCAUAAUAUUCUAGUAUUAAUGCCAGACUCACGCACGCAACACACAUCUGUUUCUCAAGAACCUGCAAUGGAAACAUCUUGGAACAUUCAGCAAAGUCAAGCUGAGAAAAAUAUGAGCUACUGUCUGACAGUUCCAAGCGAGUGCAAAAGAGAGGCCAGUGGAUCAGAGUAUAUGGACCCAUCUUCCUUUAUGCCCUCCUUUAAAUAAUUAGUAGUUAGUACAGUACGUACUUAGUAGUUAGGUACAGUAAAACAAAACCACAUAGCAAACAGUACCUUAAAAAAGCCUAGCCUCCUAUGUGUAUUAUACAAAGAAUAAAACAAACUGUGGGUUUAGGUAAUAAUCAUGGAAGUAAACAUUGAAUCAUUAAACAUUUCUGACACAGGGAAAUAAGGCAAUGGGUAUUACCUGCUAUGAAAAAUACAUUGUAAGCUAAUCAUUCAGCACUGCAGGUCUUCUAUUAGUUGAUUAAACUUGAGUGAAUACUGCAGAUUCAACAAAGAUAAAAAUUGUCAUGAGUCAAUCAGUACACCAUAGAUAAAUCAUUGCACAACAGCAUUCUCAUCUACAAUGUAUUUUCUUCUGAACACAUUCUGACACUAGAUUAAGUUUUCUUUAUAAUUUUCCUCAAUCCUUAAGAAAAAAGGAGCUGUUAUAUAGAAAUCAUAAAUAAAAAAGAAACAAAUUACAGUAAAAUAACAAAUCCUUCUAAAUAUAUUUUUGCUUUGUUUCAAUCUGACGGAAAACUUUCCAUCUCGUUCAUAUCCCACUCCAAACAAACCUCGAAAAAAAAUAGCAGGACAGUAUUUUAUAUACUGCCUUAGUGUACAUAAUAUACAAAUCUACUGUAGUACAAGUCCAUAUGUUUAACAAUGUAUUUUUAAUGGCUAUUUUUCUAUUAUCAAAAAAAAAGCAAAGCAAAAUAAAAUGUUUUUAAUUUCCCAAUGCUAUCUAGCUACUUAGGAACUUUAUUGUUCCCUUCUGCUGAGAGAGCAGUAACAAGUAAAGCUACCAUUUCUAGACAAAGCAUAAAAUUAAACUUUAUACUAAUUAAUAUGAAGUAUUUUUAAACUAUAUUUCUAAUAUAUUGCAGAUGUAUUACUAUUUGAAUUAUAAAUUAUUUGUUUCACAUGUUUUUAUCACCUGUAAUUAUAAAAUUAGAAUAGAAUCUCGGUUUUGAGAGCAAAGCUUCUUUUCCACUGAAUUUGUACUCUGAUGCUAAUCACUAAUGGAAUGGUGUUCUCCUGCAUCCUUAAGGCAUUGCACUUUUCUUUGAGCCUGGAAUGCAAGUCUGAAGUCAACUUUUUCAUAAUGAACUUAUCAACAUUAAUUUUGGAAUCCAGCCUCCAAAGUCAAAGAUAGAAGGCAUAAAGUCUGAGUCAGAGUUCUGCUGAAAUAGCAGUGGGAAUGAGGAAGGGAGUCCAUGUACUUGGGCUGGACAGAUGUCCCCGAAACAGCAGUGGGAACAGUGAGGAUUCCUCAUAUUCCAUGUAACAGAAGGCAGAAUCACAAUGAUACUGGAAUGGCUCUGAACUUUCAAUGGUCCUUCCUUCUUGAAACAAAAGUUUAAUUUACUCCAGGAAAGUAUGACCAAGUGAUGCCUGAUUAAAACCUGACCAAGUAUUUAGCCAUUAUCACUAGCUUCAGGGGAAACUGGAAACAUAAGGUAAGGGAAUGGUACUGUAUGUGUGAAGGAAAGUGUAUUUACUAUAGGUAAGCUGUCUUCUGUACUUGUCCUUCCUGAACAGCUUUAAAUUCCUCCAGCUUUUCAUGAUUUUACGCACUGGUAGCCUUCCUGCACUAUCAGGUAACCUGCUGCAGACCCAGCCAAAAGAGACUUUCAGAUUCUGAAGGUCCCAGGUGGCCAAUCUAAUUUGGCAAAUCAGAUUCUUGCCUUGUACCAUCAGGCCAUGGAAUCGCUCAAGUACAGAUCAGUUGAGCUGAGCUGCCUAGCCCUUCUGCUGGCAGGACUUUAGACUUCAACUAGCUACCUGUGUGUCUGUAAACAUAUGUGUUAGUGUAUACUAUAACAUUUACUUUAGGCAUCAGAUUUCAAGUCUGCUUCCUCUACACAGGCAACAUACUGCCCACUUCCAGAGCUUGAUCAGAGCAAUCUCAUUGCUCUGCUGAAUGUGUAGGGAGGUGUCUUAGAUUCUUAAUUCAGCCACUUAUUUAACACUUGAAGACAUGAAGUGGCUACUCCAGAGGGCAGCCAAAUGUAAAAUUUUGUUCAGUUAUAGUUAACAAGACAAUUUUCCGGUAGAUAUACUAUUUGUAGUAUAUCUCAUAUAUUUUCUAGAGAUGCUAAAAGUACUGCAAAGAAACUACCAACUUAUCUCAAAUCAGGAAUGUUUUGCAGGGCAGCAACUUGUGUGCAUGCAUGUAUGUCAGUUGGUAAUAUACUCUUUCCGACAGAGCUUCAUUUACACUUCUGUUUUCUGACUGAAUCUGGCAGAGCUGUUCCGGUUCAGGCACAUUCUCUUUAUUUACACAAAUAGCCAUAUCUGAGCCAAGCCGUUGUUUUCUAUAUCUAAUGCUGCGCAUAAAGGCAUGCUGCUACAGGCCUUCUGUGAUGCAUCUUGUGAUGCAUAGAGGCUAUAGAAUCUUACCAAACCACAGCCCAAAGAUUUUCCUUAUGCAGUGGAUUUCUUAGGGUAAAACAAAACACAGGGGAUGACACUGAUGCUGUAAACCAAAGAAAUCAGGGGAUAAGUGUCAGCAGCAGGCUGUUCCUGUCAUAUUGAUAACUUUGGACCUGAGGCAAACAGACACAACUUUUAGCAGAUUUUAAGUGUGUGAUUCAUCCUGACUACCUGCUGGUAACUAUAGCAUACCUCCAGUAAUUCACACAGAAAGAGAACUGAGUGGAAGGUUUUCUAUGCUUUGCCAUAAAAUGGUACUGAAGCUGCAAAAUAGCUGUAGCCUAAAUUACACUGUGAGGUGUAGAUUCUCUCCCACCUUUGCUGAUUAAUGUCUCAAUAUGCCAAAGACAUGGCUUUCUAUGAAGGGGGAAAUUCAGCCAGAGUGGAAAAGGCGCAUUUGCUCAUUGCUCCCAGGUAGCUAAGCUUUUUGAGGGAUUUGCUAGCUAAACACAAUUUGAACACAAUUUUCAUAAACAUAUUCCAUUCUUUAAGCUGGACCAAUCUGCAGGUUGAUUAUUGUUCCCUUGGAUCUGAUUUUAUUUUCCAAAACACCUUGUUGCUCCCAAGGUGGGAGCAAUACCUGAAAAUGCCCUUUAACAUCUGAAAGGACAUCAAGAAGGGAAUAAACUACUGUUCUGUAAAAUCAGAAUAACCUUCAGCUAAGUGUGUGGGCCUUUGGAUGUUCAAAUACUUCAUUCUUUCUGUUUGCAACAAUAUUUUUGCUUGGAGCUCUUAAGAAAUAGUUUUUUAUAAGGAAAUAGAUGAGAUUUUGCAGCAGUUGUACACAUUGUAAAAUUAUGACACACCACUGGGGAAUAACAGGCUGUGGACACCUCCUUUGAUAUAUGGAGAAAUGAACUAUGUAACAGAAUUUACCUGAGGAACAGGGAUUAGCCCUCUAGCUCUUGCACUAUUAGUCAACCUUCUCACUUGGAACAAUUAUUUGAAAAGUUUGAAUGAUGUUUUCAAUGUCAAAUUUAUGCAUGUGUCACUUGAAGCAUGAAUUACUUUUCAUAGCAUAAAAGCCCUAAAAGGAAGCAUAAAGGCUCUUCAGAAGUAAUUGAUUUUAUAAAAUUCAUGAAAUCAAUUUUUUUUUAAUUAAUUACCUUUCCUUCGGACUCAGACUAGUUUUAUGAGCAGUUUUUCUUCAGUAUUGACAAAUAUGACUCAUUAUCUAAAUUUUGUAAUUAAGACUUUUUUCCUCAGCAAAGACAGACUUGAUGUAUAAUUUUAGUGUCUCAGUGACUUCUAAAGAAAUAGGAUUUAUUGACGCAGGGCAUGUGCUCCCAAAACUCACUGUCACAUAAGACGCAGGCUUGAAGGAUGAUCAUGAUGAUACUGUGUAACUACAAAGAUUAUAUAAUAAAAAUGCAGCAAACUGACCUUAUAUAAUACAAGUAAAAGGAUGUAUGUGUUUAUAGAAUAAACUGUAAAACAAAUAUGUAAUUGAUUUAUGUUAGAGCAGUGAAUUUUGUGCUAUAGCUGAUUUUGUCUCUGUUUAAAUGGCUGGAAAAUAUACAGUUGCUUUAAAUGUCAUUUAAGUAUUCAAAGUGUAGUGACAGCAGGUGUUCAAACUGAAUAAGCAGAAUGUGUGAUCUCUGAAGCAUUGUAUAUGUGGGGUUCACGUCAAUGUAUUUAAUAAUUUUUCAUUAACUGUAAACAAUUUGAGGUUGUUGUGCAAGGAAGCAGAAGUCAUCUAAGCCAGUUGAUAGAUAUUAGACAUCUUCUACAAAGCCAUAAAGACAAAUGAAAUGAAAAAGUGUCAUCAGAUCAGGCAUCAUAUUCUCAAAAAUUGCUACCUCAGAUUUUUUUUUUUUUUUUUUUGCUCCCUUUAAAAAGGCAGACAAAAGCAUUUUACGUUGUGUGUCAAACUGUGAAUCAUUCUAUCAAGAUUUUAUAAAAUCUGUAAUGGUCAAAUUAUUUUUGUUAACUAACAGUUUGCCAUGGAAUCAUCACUUGUCUCACACUGGUAGUACUAGGAUGGGAAGUUUCAGAUGUGUAGAUGAAAUAUUUUAAUAUGAAAAAAUAACAAAGAAAAAUCCAUCUUGCAGGGAAAGCAUACUAACCAGCUUGGCAGCCAAGUGCCAGUUCCUUUCCUGGGCUGAAAAGUUUUUUGCCAUUGCCUGUGUGUUCAGUGCUCUAGGACUGAAUGGGCUGCAUUGUCAGAGAUGCUCUCAUUCUGGAACUCAGCAAUGGAACUAAGCAUUUAUCCGUACUUGCUAUUUAGAAAGACCUGUUUUCAGCUGAGUUCCUGAGAAGUAAAUCUUUAAAUUCUGUCCCUAAAUGAGUGAAUAUGGAGACUAGCCCUGCUCUCAACUAUGCCAAACCCUCCAGACUCACAUUCCUGUGGGUAUGGAAAGAUGGACUGAAUUACAUUAAUUGGAACAAUCCUGUGCCCUGCCUUGAAAACAAUUUUGAAACAAAUAAGGGAAUUUCUUUGUCUUUUCUGUGUAUGUCAAGCAGAAGAUCAAAGAUAUAUAUCAAAGAUAAAUACAGAAAUACAUAAUAUAUGGGGAUAGAAAAAGCUUAAUGAUGGGAAGAGGGACAUGGUGUCUGUGGCAGAAUGGAAGAGGAGUACAGUCACUAUAGGAGGUACAUAGGUAGAUAAUGAGAGAAAUCAGAGCAGAUAAACAUGCAUUUUUCACUACAGCUGAGGACAGAGGGAGGGAGAGUGGAAAAUGGAAGCAAAAGGAUCAAAUGUAAGAGUAGACAGGAAAAAAUGAGUAGUAGAACUGAGAGGAGUGAUAAAUGAGUCAGUGCAAAAAAAAAGGAAGAGAAGAAAAUAGUGUGAUAUCAGAAGUGGGGAUAUGCACAGCUACCUGAGACGGUCCACAUAAGCAGUAAAGCCUUAUUAAACACUAAAGAGUGGUAAAAAGCUGAAACCAGCUACUACAGAUCAGCUAUUAUAUACGUGUAGAAAAAGCCCUGUACAUAAGAAGUUGUCAUGCACUUUCUAUCAGUUACAGGACUUUCUUCCACGUAUCUGAUGCUGGUCCUGGGCAAACAGAAUGCUUGGAGAGCUAGACCCCUCAUCCGAUCUGCUGUUGCAUUUCCUAUAUUUCUAAGGAAAAAAAUCAAGAGAAAUAAAGUGUACUACACUGUUUUUAAAAGCAACCUUCAAUUAGUAAGACAGAUCUACAGAUGAGCGGUAUUUAUCCAUUUACAUUGUCUCACGUAUAUGCCUAUCAUUCUUAAGCAUUCUUCUAUUUUUUAUUUAUUAAAGAUAAUGUAAUGACCUAGAAGGUCCAAGAGAAAAAAGGACUUCGUGGAUACCACUAAUUGGUCUCUUGGCAUUUCUGGGCAUUGUUUAGUUUGUAUCUGUGACAAUGUAUCUGUUAACAUUUUCCUUAAUCAGAAAGUCCCUGUCUUGGUGAUAGAUUUGGAAAAUUACGAAGUCAGGCUUAAAAUACAUCUAUCCCAUUUAAGCUAAGUUUUUAAGAGAAACUAUUAUAGCUGUCAAAAGUAAUGAAGAAAAAUACCUGAAUUAGUUGUGUGACCUCUUGUAGUGCUAAUACGCUAAAAGCUGGGCUUAUACUCAAGACAUUGGUGAGCAGAGCAGUUAGGUAUAAGGAAGUCUUUUUCUGUAUCUUCCUCUUUUAUUUCUGGAAGGUUUAACAUCCUGUUCUACUUUGUGAUGCUGCUUGUCCUGGAAUUUGUCUUUUUUAAAAAAAAAAAAAAAACAACGCUGCUUUUGGGUCUGGUUUUGUGAGCUGCUGGGUACCUUUACCUCGUUUUGACAUCAGUACAAACGGAAAAAUUUCACUUCGAUUCCUAGAAAGACUGCAAAGGUCUGUUUUACAGAGUAGAAUUUGUAAAGGAAGCUGGAAAUCUUCAUAGAAGUCACUUGUAGAACAUACCCUUUCAGUAGGACAGAAAAUUAUAUAUGUCUAGGAAGAGGCAGAUUUUUCUCCGUGCAGAAAUAUGUCCAACUGUACUUUGUAAUGUUCAUAAUGCUGUAGACUACUCUUAAUUCUCAUCCCCAUGUCCUUCAUUCCAAAAGUAAGUGGAAACUACUGCUCAGCCACACUCACAGCUCUUGGGUUACUUUAGUGUUGUUUAUUUUUCAUCUUGGAAAGUUGUUUUUUUUUCUGACUAUAAAAAACAUUCAUCAUCUGGAAUAACACAACCAUCUGUUCCAUAUAUGCAUUAUAUUGCUGAGAGAUACUCAGCACUAUCUGGGCUUCUGAAAUCUUUAUAUUGUGCUUCAUAUUUUUUUUAGUCAUUGUGUAAAAUACAGCAGUACAGAGGGUGCUGAUCUGAAAAAGUACCACCCAGAAAAAAUUUGUCACCAGCCAUUAACUAAUUGCAUUUGUUCAAAUUUCUGUCAUGGCAUUAAGUGCAGGGAACAGUCUGUAGAACCUCCUUGCCUUAUUGUGCCAGCAAUUCUCACAAAGAAACAUAUUUAUAAAUUAAAUUGCAUGUUCUGAAUAAUAUGCAGAAUAAACGGUAUACUUCCCAGCAGAGAAAGAAGUGAUCCAAUAUUUAAUGCAAACUUACUUCCAUUUGCAUAAAUCAUUUCAUUGCUAGCUUUGCAAUACAAGCUAGGCAUUUUUUCCAUUACAGUUUCAGAAUUUGUAUGCAAUCUGGAACAUUCAAGUUAUUGUAGUGUCAUUGCUGUAGCAACAGAAUUACUUGAAGCACAAUUAUUUUAUGAAACAGAUCCAAAUGUUCUGUAAAUUUCCAAAAUUUAAAAAAAGACUAUAGAAAGUAGAUUUCAUAUGUAGUAUGUACAUUGGUUGGAGAAUACUGGUAUAAGAAUAGUUACUCAGGAAUUCUUCAUUGUUUCUAAGUGUAUCUGAAGGACAAUGCUUUAAAAUGCAUUUUUUAAGUUCUUAAUAUUGAAAAUGCUGGCUUUAAUAAAAUCUACUAGCAAUUUCA